AUGGACCUCGACCUCGCGGAGAUCAUCGACGACGGGGAGAGCGGCGCCCCCGACUACGACGUCGACGACGACUACGAGCGCCAGUACCUGCGCGUCCAGCACGACUUCGACAAGCUCACGACGAACUACCGGCGCCUCCAGACGGUCAACGAGGCCCUGAAGCGCCAGAUCGAGCAGCAGCACACGCAGCUCGCCGAGUACCUCAAGGCGAAGAACGACGCCGAGCGCGUCGCCCACGAGUCGGAGCUGCGCAUGGCGAAGAUGGCGAAGAACGCGGAGAUCGACGCGCGCGCGCGCGAGGGCCAGGUGAAGCGCGUCCGCGUCAUGGAGCACCAGAUGAAGGAGGUGCUCGAGGAGAGCGACAAGGAGCGGCGCCAGCGCGCCGUCGCCGAGGAGAAGACGGCGGAGCUCCACAAGGCCCUCAACCGCGAGCGCGCGCAGCGGCUCCACGACCUCCACCAGAAUUUCCGCAUCGCGGGCACCCUGAGCUCGUCCUACGCCAAGUGGGACGCCAUGGACGUGAGCGACGACGAGGAGCAGCGGUGGCAGCCGCCGCGCGACAUCGACGUGCCCCUGAACAUCACCGACGACGACCUCGCGACGCCCCAGUUCGCGAGCCCCGAGGACGCGGCGCAGGAGGCGGCGCGCGUCAAGGCCAUGAGCGACGGCGACCGCGCCAACUGGCGCGCCGCCGGCUGGCUCCACUCCCGGGCCGGCGACGCCGACGAGGCCGGCGAGUGCGCGCGGCGGAGCGCGGUCCAACGCCGUGCCGAAAAAAGCAGACUUCAAACCUCUCCAGCUCGGUCAAAUCGAAGUCGAUUCGGCUGA